AUGGAUCAGCAAUCAGUGGACGUUGACGAUAUCAUUGAUAGAUUGUUAGAGGUGCGGGGGUUGAAGCCUGGCCACCAGGUGGACUUGGAAGAGCACGAGAUUAGGUAUUUGUGUUCGAAAGCACGUUCUAUCUUCAUCAAGCAGCCAAUUUUGCUUGAGUUGGAGGCGCCUAUCAAGAUUUGUGGUGAUAUCCACGGGCAAUACUACGAUUUGCUACGUCUUUUCGAGUACGGAGGGUUCCCACCGGAAUCGAACUACCUGUUCCUUGGGGACUAUGUGGACCGUGGUAAGCAGUCGCUAGAGACGAUCUGCUUGCUGUUGGCUUAUAAGAUCAAGUAUCCGGAGAAUUUUUUCAUUUUGCGUGGUAACCACGAGUGUGCAUCCAUUAAUAGAAUUUACGGGUUUUACGACGAGUGUAAGAGACGUUAUAACAUCAAGCUUUGGAAGACUUUCACAGACUGCUUCAACUGUUUGCCCAUCGCCGCUAUUGUCGAUGAGAAGAUCUUUUGUAUGCACGGUGGGUUGUCCCCAGACUUGAACACGAUGGAACAGAUCAGACGUGUCAUGAGACCUACCGAUAUCCCAGACGUAGGCUUGCUAUGUGACUUGUUAUGGUCGGAUCCCGAUAAAGAUAUCGUAGGUUGGUCUGAGAACGACAGAGGUGUGUCAUUCACGUUCGGGCCGGAUGUCGUCAGCAGAUUUUUACAGAAACAGGACAUGGAGUUGAUUUGCAGAGCACAUCAAGUGGUAGAAGACGGGUACGAGUUCUUCAGCAAAAGACAGUUGGUAACACUAUUUAGUGCACCAAAUUACUGUGGUGAGUUCGAUAACGCCGGUGCUAUGAUGUCGGUGGACGAAAGUUUACUAUGUUCAUUCCAAAUUUUGAAACCAGCGUCCAAAUUACUGGAAAGGAACGUUGUAAGAAGAAAGAAAUAA